UUAUUUCCCCUCCCAAAAAAUUAUAUAUAGAUAUACAACUACCAGCUGUAUGGAAGAUGGAGGUAUCUGGGACUCGGUUUCGGAGCAACAGCGGUAAGACCGGGCCAUAUCGUAUGGAAUGGACUCAAAGACUGUGUGAACUUCCUAGCAUUGAAUCUUUUCAACUCAGCACGAUUUUGGAUAAUGUGCUCAAGGACGAAUCCAAUGAAACUGUUGAAGCGAUGAAGGCGGUGGCCAGUAAUUAUAAGAAAGAUUUGAAGUCUGAAAUACGACGAAACCUUUCUGGAGAACAAAAGAUCCAACAUAAAAACAUCAAGGUGGGGAAAUUAGCACAACAGAUCAAUAAGAAAGUUUCUCGUAGAAACCGUCAUUUACAAAGGGCACUUAUAGGAGGUACCAGUAAUUCCAGUGAAUUAGAUAAGGAAUUGACUGAACUUCUUCGACUUUCAUCCGAAUGUAGUACGUUAGUUCAUACCUUGGGGCCCAGAUUAGUUGCCAUUGAUCAAAAGCUUGGUGAGAACUCAAUUACAAAGUACAAGUGGAUGAAUAAAUUAUGGGGAGAUAGUAACAAUGAUAAUCAAGAUAAUAAUAAUAAUAAUAAUAAGGAUCCUAUAGAAAUGUAUGAUGUGGAUGAAACUGUAUCUGAAGUUAAUGGAUCCCAUUCACAAAUUAAAAUUCAACAAAAUAUUAGAGAUCCUGGGAAACAAAAUGGGAAAAGAAAUGGAAGAGUCAUUCGUCCACCACAUGGUGAUCAUGAUGCUGAAGUUAAUGGAGAUUCUCCGGUGGAAUUUAAUGAGCAAUCCUUUGAACAAUUCAUGUCUUCAUCAAUUCUGAAAUAUCGUGAAAAACAAUCAAAACGUGAAGAUAAAACUUUUUUUGGUUCACAACUUCAAGAUAUUCAACUUCCUGAUGAAUUUGCAGAACACACGCCAAAACUAUUAAAAAAUCAACGGAGUUUCCAUAGUCCCUUGUCAUCGGUUAAUCUUAGUGCUAAAUCACCAGCAACAGUUCUGCAAACUCUUCAACUGUCGCAUUUCAAAAAACUCCGGAUAAAUGGGUCUCCUAUAACAUCAUCCACAUAUUCUAAAAUGAAGAAUAUCCCGGCAUGUGAUUGUGGGAAUCCACAUGAAGAAGGAACCAAUAAUGCAGAUCCAGAUCAAGAUCCAAGUCCUACUUUGAAAGAUUCAUUGAUGGAACUCAGUACUUUAAUCUUACAAGGCAAUGACGUUUAUGAUAAUACCUCGAGUGGUCUCAACACAUCCCUGGAGGAUGAUGGAGGUUAUCUUAGUUCUGAUUCUUCUGACGAAGAGAGCCAUAGUGAUAACGAUGGUACCACCGUAACAGAUCGUACAAAUAUGUACUAUUUAUCGUUCAAAUCGGAACUCAAGUCAAAGAGACACAAGAGAAAGAGUAAAAAGGAUUCUUCCAAGAGUAAAAACAAUAAUCUGCAAUAUAAACCUGAAAACUCUCCUACUCCUAAACAUAGACCAUCGCAUUACACUUUAAAGCCUAAAAAAUCUAUUUUGAAGUUUUCCACUAAUCAAGAUUCCAUCAAUAGAGUACCUUCACCACCUCCACCACCAAUAUGUGGAUCAGCUCAAGAAUCAUUUCCUCCGAUUGUUAAGCAAAGUGAUCCAUCAGCCACGGGAUUAUCAGGGAAACAAUUUCAUCUCGGUUUCCUAAACGAAGCAAGAAAGCAACCAGUUUUAAACACCGUGGCAUCUACCACCACCACAGUUUCUGGUACCAUUCUCACGCUAGACAACGAUAGUUACGAGUACGAGGGGAAUGAAAUACGUGAGUGGCAUGGGGAUACAGUCAUAUCAGACGAUGAAUCUGAUACACGAAGCAUCCGAUCAAUUGCAUUAUUAAAACAACUACUAUAGAACAUUUACAAUAUAGAUAUAUUUAUAUUCAUUUCUGAUCAUUAAAUUUGUUUUAUUGAUAUUCUUUUAUUAUUCCUAAUACUAUAAUAAUUAUAGUUCUUCUAGUGUACAUCUCAUCUCAUUAUCAU